GGCAGGAAUGUCUGAGGUGGCAACACUUCUCUUCAGCCAGACAGCACUGGCCAGUUUGGAGUCUGUCCAUCCUGCAGGCCACAAGCUCUGGAUGAGGAACUUGAGGCAAGUCACCAGCCCCUGAUCAUUUCGCCUAAAAGAGCAAGGACUAGAGUUCCUGACCUCCAGGCCAGUCCCUGAUCCCUGACCUAAUGUUAUUGCGGAAUGAUGAUAUAUACAUCUACGGGGGCCUGGGGCUGGGCGGGCUCCUGCUUCUGGCAGUGGUCCUUCUGUCCGCCUGCCUGUGUUGGCUGCAUCGAAGAGUAAAGAGGCUGGAGAGGAGCUGGGCCCAGGGCUCCUCAGAGCAGGAACUCCACUAUGCAUCUCUGCAGAGGCUGCCAGUGCCCAGCAGUGAGGGACCUGACCUCAGGGGCAGAGACAAGAGAGGCACCAAGGAGGAUCCAAGAGUUGACUAUGCCUGCAUUGCUGAGAACAAACCCACCUGAGCACCCCAGACACCUUCCUCAACCCAGGCGGGUGGACAGGGUCCCCCUGUGGUCCAGCCAGUAAAAACCAUGGUCCCCCCACUUCUGUGUCUCAGUCCUCUCAGUCCAUCUCGAGCCUCCGUUCAAAAUGAUCAUGAAACUUAUGUGGCUUUUUGACCUUUGAAUAGGGAAUUUUUUUAAUUUUUUAAAAAUUAAAAUAAAAAAAAAAACACGUGGCUCACCCUUCCACCCACUCUGGGGUCAAAUAGUAAU